AUGUCGAGACCAUUUUCGAACAUUCCGGCUACUCCGCGAGUCAUAUCUCCUUCCCCAACCCCAUCAGAUAUGUCGCAAAAUGGGGAAUAUUCUGGGCCUAUGACGCGAUCUGCGAGGAAGAAGCUGUCAGCGCAGACACUUCCGAUAGAUGAGGGAAUAGAUGAGGAUGAGAGCGAGGAUUCAGCUGUUGAGUUGGGUAGAUCCAGGUCAAGGAGCCGAAGUCCUUUGAAACCUCGAAAAGUGGCAAAUUCUGCAAUUAAUACUGCGAAAAACACCUUCAAACCUACCGAUAAUUUCAAGCCAGAACAAAUAAAUGGUACAAAUGAUGCCAAUGGAAAGGCAACAAAGGGGCAUCUCUCUCCCUCGAGUGCAAGCUCAGGCUGGAGCUGGAGGGACUUUAGCAGAAGUCCGAGCCCCUUGGGACUUAUACCCAUUCACAGACAAUGGAGGAUCUUUGUACAUCGCCAUGAAAUACCAAGGAAGUUACUGCACGUUUCAAUAGGAUUCUUCACGAUUUGGCUUUAUAUAUCUGGUGUUCAAACAAAUGCCAUUACACCUUAUUUAAUGUCAGCCCUAAUACCCAUAGCAACGGUGGAUUAUGUUCGGCACAAAUAUCCGGCUUUUAAUCGUUUGUACGUGCGAUUGCUUGGAGCCUUCAUGCGUGAAACUGAGUAUGAUGGAUGGAAUGGUGUCAUCUGGUAUUUACUUGGCGCGUGGGUCGUACUUGGAUUCUUUCCGAAAGAUAUCGGUGUGAUGGGAAUACUCCUCUUGAGCUGGUGUGAUACGGCGGCGAGUACAGUAGGACGAGCCUACGGAAGAUAUACUCCAAGGAUAAGACGUGGUAAAUCACUUGCUGGGUCCCUUGCUGCAUUCGCCGUUGGCGUGGUCACCGCAGCCUCAUUCUGGGGAUGGUUAGCACCAAGGACCGGCCCCUUCUCCGACGAUCUGGACUGGCCCUUUAUGUUUUCGGGAGACUUGAUACUUCCUGCGGGGAUCCGAGAUCUCAUUGGUUUGAGUGAGGCUCAAAGCAUUGUUUCUGGGGGGCUAGCUUUGGCUAUCAUGAGUGUAUGGACGGGUUUCACAGCGGCAGCUAGUGAGGUAGUAGACAUAUUUGGGUGGGAUGACAACUUAACGAUCCCGGUUCUCAGUGGAUUUGGGAUGUGGGGAUUUUUGAAGAUAUUUGGGUAA